CUAAAAUAAAAUGAAAACAAUCUUAAUUUUAUUGAUAAGUGUGAAAGAAAUAUUCCCUUUCAUAUAAUAUGAUACUGGAUUGGCGAGGAAUUUUGAUAGGACGUAUGAUUCAAGUUUCGUUUGCGAAAAUGGUUAUUCAAGAACAGCCACAAUUUCAUUUUCUAAUUCAUUUGCGAAUAUUCCUUAAGUAUUUUUUGUUCAUGAAUACUUUGAUUAAGAAAGGCCUGAAAUGGAGUUUAAAUUGUCGAUUACAACUAUAACAAAAACAUGUAUUAAAUAAAUAACUAUUCUUUAUAGCAUUUCAAGCAAUUAUUAUUUGUAGUAAAAAAAGAGUAUAUUCCGUAAAAUUAAGAUGGUUUGCAAUAGAUGAUAAACGUAUUGAAGUUAUAAAUAAUUUCAAUAUGCAAAAUCCAGACGAUAAAACAUUUCCUAUUAAAAAUCCUAAUGCUUAAACCGGAUUUGUGGUACUCACAAGUAUAUAUUAUACAGGAUCAGUUGAUUUCCUAUUAUCUGUAAUAAUUAAUAGUAUAAACUCAGAUAAGUUCGAUAACAAUUAAUUCAGUAACUGUAAGUAUUACCAAAGUGGCAGGAAAAUUUACAAAUAUAAAAUAAAUUGGAUAUUUUGUUGUUGUUGGAAUUGAAGAAGCUUUUAUUAAUUUAGGAUUGAAGACAGUUACAGGUGCUUUUAGUAGUGGAACACUUGCAAUAUAACCAAAUAGAUGGUUUGCUCUUGCGGUAGUUGGGUUUAAUUAUCCGAAUAGCGACAAUAUAAGGAUAUAGGCAUCAUUUACCAACACUGCCACAACAAUUUCAUAUACUUGGGGCACAUGUAAUAUUUAAAGUCAAUAUUAAUAAUAGGGUACUCUAUUGAAACUCCAAACAGUCAUUCUUAAAUUUGGAUUUUAUAUUAAUUUACAACUAUAUUCACAACUUUAGAAUGUUUUAGUAUAAGAACAAGUAGAAAAUAAGUUAAAGAUUUAAAUAUAUUACCUACAUUUAAUUUAGAAUUUGUUUAAUCCAAUCAAAUAUUCUCUGCAAAUGGAAAUUAUGAUUAUUCAGUAAAUAAACUACAUACACCAUUAAAGAUGGGUAUAUAAGUUAAAUGUGAAAAUAAUAAGAAGAUUCAAGCAAAUUUUCUUAAAUGUAAUUCUUGUAGUAUUUAAAAGACUAACUCUUUUAAUUAUAAUUGCUUUAAUUAAAUGAAUUAUGUAGGGUUCUAUCCUUUAUUUUAAUAAUCGUCUUAAUAAUAUAAUCAUUUAAAAAUAAGUAUUCAAUCAUCAUCACUUGAAAUAAUACACGUUGUUUAUAAUCAAGUCAUUACAGAAACAAUCAUUGCCAAAAUCUUAAUAUUAGAUUAAUGA